UAACAGGUUUGUAGCGGGUAGUUUCAACAAGUUGCUUCGGGUCUGUUGUCAACAGCUUGCGACAGACCUGUUCCCGCAAGCCUGUUACCAUAGAGAUUAUAAAUAACACUAGAGGAGGCAUCGAGUUUAAAAAUUGGGAUUGCAGCUAAUGGGGGGCAAAUUCAAGUCCCGGAUAUAAAAUCGUGCUCUCAUUGGCUGAUUUGAAACUCGUCACCAAUAGGAACACGAAUACACAUCCGGGACUUGAAUUUGCCCCCCAAUAGUCGCGUUCCCUUUUUUUUACUGAAUUAAGAUUACAAUGCCUCCUCUAGUGUUAUUUAUAAUCUCUAUGCCUGUUACCGCCUGACGAAACCAACAGACCUGUCGCGACUUGUUGACAACUUGCCGCAAGCCGGUAAAAUCAACAGCUUGCGACAGGCCUGUGAGAUUUCUGGCUGUGUACGUAAGCAUGUAUAUUACAUGACGUGCAUAUUACAUGUACAUCGGCUACGAAUGCUUUACAUUUUUUAUACUACAAAUGCUUCUGAAUAGUAUAUCAACUAGUUUGGCAAUAUGGUUUGUUUUAGGCUAGAAAAUGGCACUUAAUUUUUUUGUAAUUGAGGACGAAACAUUUAAGUAAUAUUUCAAAUCCGACCGUGAGGACUGAUUACAGAACUAGAUUUCAAUUUGAAAACGAUUUCAAUUUCAAUCGUGGAAUUUGAUAAAAUUGCGAGGACUUGAAGUCCUCCCGAGUCCGAGCCCAGUCCGAAUUGAAGGAUAAAAUUAUUUUGAAAUACGAGUAAAUCACUGCUUCAAGACCAUGUCAAGUCCGUAAUGUAAACAGAUCCUUUGUUUACAUUUUGAACUGCUAUAUUUGUAAAAUAAGACAUGCUAACUGAAUAUCUAACACUUUUCUGGUUCGCAAUUGUAAAUGAAUGUAAACUAGAGUACAGUACGUUUCAAUUCAAAAAAGUUCGAAAGAGCAAAAUUUGGGCAAUGUUUAUAUCUGUGUGUCCCCCAUUAUUAUGAGCAGAACUGAUGCGCAGAAUGGACUUGACAUGGUCUUUAAAGUGAGGUAAGUUAAUUUUGAUCCAGUCUCUAGGACUGGAUCAAGAUACUUCACCAAGGUAUCCAGUAUUAUUACCUGAGCAAAAUAAAGCAAUAGUUGGCUAAUGGAUAAUGGUUGGCUAAUUUAUUCAUUUGAGAUUCCAUUUUCAAUGAGAUAUUGAUUAAAGCUACUUUUACACGCUGCGAUUUGUCGUGUACGAUUCGUAUUCUGGCGCGUAUGACAUUUACUGCUGACGCCACAAUUCCUUUUCAUUCAGAUUAUGGCAAAAUUUGAAAUGCAACCACUUUACGCAUGCUUAUUCGAUUACAUACGUUAGAAUACGAAUCGUACACGACAAAUCGCAGCGUUUAAAUGUAGUUUAAGGAUUCAUUUCUUUUGAAUUUCAUGUAUAUGUUUGUACUUUUGAAUAUGUUUGUACUUUUUAGGUUUGUUGAAAGUGAUCAAGUGUAAUGUUUCACUGCCAGUUUUUGUUAUGAUCAGACCAAGAGGUGGAGAUUUCCUCUAUACUGAAGCAGAGUUUGAAGUAAUGAUUGAAGAUUGUGAACAAGUUAUAAAUGCAGGAGCUGAUGGCAUUGUUUGUGGUAUUCUCACAAAGUAAUGAUUGUUUAUUUGAAAAGAAAUUAGCGACACUAAUCAUACAGUAUUAAACGUUCGGUCAAAUUUCAUUUACCCUGUUUCAUAAUUUAACAGCUAUCAGAAAGGACAUUUCAUUCAAAAAAUAAAAUCCAUACCAUGUAUUUGCAAUGUAAUUUCCAUAUGAUUAAUCAUAUGGAAAUUGCAAAUAUAUGGUAUGGACAUUGGAUUAUCUGAAAGUUUCAACUACCGUCUGUUUCAUCCAACAAUCUUCAGGAUCCAUUUACUGUAAAGCUUUUUUUCAUCAGAUGAAUCAGACUGAUGGAAACUUUGAGGUAAGCGAAAUUGGAUUUCCAUAUUUUAACCAGGAUCCAUAAUUACUAUUUCUAUAGUAAAAAUUUUGAAAACAAUCCUGUUUUUUUUUGUCACUUUCCUGCUAGGUAAAAUGCGAGCAAGAUAAAAUGUAAGUUAAGCUGUAAAGAACCGUUUCCAAAAUUGUAUUUUUCUUUAUAGGCAAGGCGAAAUCGACGUUCCUCGCUGUAAAAAAUUGUUAGGUAACGAUCAAAUAUGCAUGUAUAUAAGGUGUAAAGCAAUACGCCUUUUCUUUUGUAAUAUCCUAUAAUUAGAACAGCAUACUUUUUCUCCUGAGGCCGCGGUUGUUCAAAGCACGAUUAGAGCUAACCUUGGGUUAAAUUUAACUCAUUGCUUUGGUUUACAUAUUUCUGUACGUCUGUUUAUUUCAAAACGUUAGAAAAUUAAAUUUCUGAUGAUCCAGACAAGUUUCUGAAAAAAUAUUUCCAAGUUUAUAAAUAAGCUGCUGGCCAGUAUGCUUUGAAUUUCACAUUAACCCUGGGUUUAGCUAUAACCGGUUUUUGAACAAGAGACUACCAUGCGCUCAUGUGAACCCAUUAAAUUUUGCAUGUAAUCAUAGAAAUGGUCUCAUUCCUUUUCCUUUUGUUACAGGCAUCAUCAAGCCACUUCCUGUGACAUUUCAUCGAGGUAAAAAAUUUGUGUUGACUUUUCAAUAAAUAUAGAAAACAGACCUUAUGCACAAUGACGUCACAAGGCUUGAUGCCCGCGAGGAAUGCUGGUCUUAACAUUUCGAUAGUGGCCAUUUUGAAUUUUUUAAUUUUCCAGGGCGAUGACUACUAAGACCAGCAUUCCUGGCGGGCAUUAAGCCUUGUGACGUCAUUAUGCAUAAGGUCUAUUGACCAAUAUGAAUGCAAUCUCCGAAGAAAUUACCUUCACGAAUCAACUUUUCGUAACUCCAGUCUAGCGCUUUUAUUAGGUAUCGCAACAUGCAACUGUUGAUAUGCUCGACGAAUGACGUCUCGCGGGCAACAAAGUGGAGUACGUACGCAAAAUUAAUAACAUUUUCUAUUCCGUCAAAGAAAGUGCAUUACUGAAGGUGGUAAAGGUACAUAUAAUGAUGGACUUCUGUGUUGUGAAACGUGAUUUACAUCCCUAUACAUGAGCCGUGAUUGCCGGUAAUUUUUGUCUAUGAAAUGAGAAUUUACUGCGACCAGUAAAACAAAGACUGGGCGAGUACGCCGAGUAGAACUUCAAUGAUGUAUUUUAUUUGAUUUAUCGGUUGGUUUUUAACAUGUUUCAGUGGUAUGCUUUUCUUUCUGAAGUUUUGCCAACUUCAAAGUACGGUAAAAAGGUUUAAGAAAGGCAUGAUAUACUCAAUUUUAAAACUGUGUCUUUAAUUUUUGUGAAAUGACCAUAUUUUGCAUGCAUGUGAAACGUGAACAUGCCUGUUUUACCCGAACGUGAACUGCCUGUUUUACAAUGCUCUCCUGAAAUUUGCUACUUUUGGGCUGAAAGUCCGUUAACAUGGGUCUUUCUUAGGAUAAUUAAGGUCAAAAUUUGUCUUUUUCUGGCCAUUUUAAAAAUUACGCUUCACAACAACAUUGAACUCGUUAUACAUUUGUUUGUACGCCAUUCACAAGUUCAUUUUGCAGCGGAUUGUAACUUUUCAUCCAAUAGCGAAAUAUUUUAUAAUAUUUCUUUCCAUUGUACAAUCUUUGAGCAUGUAUAAAGUGACUGUUUUAUUCGCCCAAUUUUUUUCAAAUUUCGGAAAACGCUUUGUAGAUUGCGUGAUAAUAUAUAAGUGUUAAUUCACUUUAAUUCCAUCCCCUACAGCAUUUGACAUGGUUCCUGAUCAGAGUGCUGCUUUAGAAGUCAUAAUAAACUUGGGGUUUGAUCGUAUUCUCACAAGUGGUGGAAAACCCGACGUACUCCAGGGAGCACCCCAUUUAAAAGAUCUUGUGAAUCAGGUAUUAAAAAUUGCCAGGAUUUUAAUGUGUAUUUACAUAGUCGAUACUAUAGAAAGGUUUGAUUGGAUUUGGGUUUGGCUACUGGUAAUGAGUUAAGGUGCAUGGUGUUAAGGUUAGGUAGGGGGUUAUGGUCGGCUUUAGGGCUGGGAUUUAAGGCUAUCGAGUGGAGUUAUGGCCAUGUAGCGAAGUAGCUAGUAUUUAGCUAUACGCAGCCAAAUUGGUAGCAAAUCACAGCUUGGUGUGGUAGGGUAUUCUAUAGUUAUGCCUGAACAUAUUUGCAAGGUAGAAUACAUUCAUUUUUGUUGCAGUAAUCUUUGUAUAUAGUAAAACAGGCUUCCAUUUUCCCCAUGGUUUUAUUAUGCAAAUUUCCCUCAGCUAAAAUGUUGAAUGACAUUCUUGCAGUUUUGUUUCCAACAUAAAUUACAUCAAAAUACAAGGUAAAUUGCAGGAUGUAACAGCGACGUAAGCCAUUAGCUAGCUUCGUCAUUGUUUUCCAUAAAAUUCAGCGAGAGAUAUUCGCCCAGUACACUGGUGUUCGAUUUUGCCGCCCGAGCAUAUGCUUUAAUUGAGUUAACCAAUUAGUAAAAAGUCAUUAUAAAAUAUUUUCUCGUUGCGCAGGCUGGAAGACGGAUUAUCAUUAUGCCAGGCAAGUAA